UUGGCCUUCCACCAGAGGACUGUGGAGACCCAACAGGUUGAAAUGGAGGCCCAAGAACCAAAAGACUCUUCUCCCCCCACCGAGCAGCGCAUUCUUUCAGAGGAGUUGAUCUCAGAAGGAAAAUGGGUCAAAUUUGAAAAAACAACUUACAUGGACCCCACCGGUAAAACUAGAACCUGGGAAACAGUGAAGCUUACGACCAGGAAGGGAAAAUCUGCUGAUGCCGUGUCAGUCAUACCAGUUCUGCAAAGAACACUUCAUCAUGAGUGCAUUGUCCUGGUGAAGCAGUUCCGGCCCCCGAUGGGCGGCUACUGCCUGGAGUUCCCAGCAGGGCUCAUCGAAGACGGGGAAAGCCCAGAAGCGGCUGCUCUGCGGGAGCUGGAGGAAGAGACUGGCUACAAAGGUGACAUUGCUGAAUGCUCUCCAGCUGUGUGUAUGGAUCCAGGCUUGUCAAACUGCACCACACACGUUGUGACAGUGACCAUCAAUGGAGAUGACGCAGGAAAUGUAAGGCCGAAACCCAAACCAGGGGACGGAGAGUUUGUGGAAGUGAUUUCUUUACCAAAGAAUGAUCUGCUGACGAGACUUGACGCUUUGGGUGCAGAAGACCGUCUUACAGUGGACGCCAGGGUCUACGCCUACGCUCUGGCGCUGAAACAUGCCAAUGCCAAGCCCUUCGAAGUGCCCUUCCUCAAAUUUUAAGGCCAAGGAGGACACUGGCCAUGCUUUGUAAAUGAAACCGUGAGGCCUUCAUUCUUCAAUGUAUUCAAUUAAGUUUAAUGUAGAUCAUAAAUCGGCUUUUUCAUAAAAUAAAAGCAGCACAAGACUGCAUGUGGUAUGGAAUUAUAAUUACAGAGAACAUAACCUUCAUUUAAACUUGUUAAUACUCAUGGAAAUGACGUAUAGUUAGGUAUGUUUAAAUUUCUUCUACCUCACCUGGCCUAGAAGGUGAGGGUAUUUCUCAGGAAUAGACUCGAGCUCCAAAUUAGGUCAACUAUUUCUACCCUCAAUUCCUAAAAUAAAAAUUAUGCACUUAAGUCUGCAGAUAGCUAUUUAUUAGACUCAGUUUAAAAAUUAGAAGGUUGGGUUUUUGUUUUGAGACAGGGUAUCACUGGGUAGCCCUGGCUAGCCUGGAACUUAUUUUGUAGACCAGGCUGGCUUUGAACUCAAGAGAUUCAUCUGUCUCUGUCUCUCCAAAGUUCUGGGAAUAAAGAUGUACAGCACCACAAGUGGCAAAA